UAGCACAGAGGCUACACGUGUGUGUGUGUGUGUGUGAGUGAGAAGAGGAGCAUUGCACACACACACACACACACAAGGACCGGCUGUUUAUAAAGUAGGAAACCAGGACGAACACCAAGCAGCCAGACACCGUGUAAUGAGGGACGUCACCACAAACGGCAGCACAAAUGUCCUUAAUGGCUCUAACAGCAAAGAGAAACUACACAGGAGGGAGAAAAGCAUCAGGAGACCGACCCAGACUCUCGGACUAACCUUACUCCCGAUGUACAUAAGGUUUUUUUCCAGGCUAUUGUCAGCUAUGGCUGGACCCAGGCCUGUGGUGUUUAGCGGCCCAUCCGGGGCAGGGAAGAGCACAAUGUUGAAGAAGCUCAUGAAAGAGUACGACAGUGUCUUUGGCUUCAGUGUUUCCCAUACAACGAGAAAUCCUCGGCCCGGAGAGGUGAAUGGCAAAGAUUACCAUUAUGUCUCACGGGAGGUGAUGCUGGCAGACAUUGCCAAAGGCGAUUUCAUAGAGAGCGCAGAGUUUUCGGGGAACAUGUACGGGACUAGUAAAGCUGCCGUACAAGCCGUCCAGGCCAAGAACCUCAUCUGUAUACUUGACAUUGACAUGCAGGGUGUGAGGAACAUCAAAAGGACAGACCUCGAACCCAUCUACGUCUCUAUCCAGCCGCCAUCCAUGGCCGUCCUGGAAAAACGUUUAAGAGACAGAAAAACAGAGUCAGAGGAGAGCCUCCAGAAGCGUUUAAAUGCAGCUAAGGUGGACAUAGAGCUUAGUAAAGAACCAGGACUUUUUGAUGUCAUAAUUAUCAAUGAUAAUUUGGAGGAUGCCUAUGGGCAGUUAAAAGAUGCUCUUCUUGAGGAAAUCAAUAAAGUCAAGAAAGUCAACAUGUCUUCAUAGGAUAAAAGAAGCAUCCUGACACCUUUUUGUCCCAUCCAUCCACUCCUCACAGAAAAAAACCCGCAGAGCUCCAUUCCAGUCGUGACCAUUCCCUCAGAUGGUGGUCUGUAAAACUCAGACAAACAUCCCUUAGCGGAUACACAAAUACGUAGGUUUUAUAUGUUGUUUAGAGGUAGUUAUUAACUAACAAUAUGUUAAAGUCUUUUUUACUGAUCUGAAGCGCUUUCCAUAUUGUUAUUUUCACUUGUAUGAAGAGAAAGUACUCCAAUAAUGCUUACUUGAUAUGUGGCUGGUAUGUUAUGCAGGCUGCUCUGUUGGGUUUAUUGGGUUGACCAGAUAUGCUGCUUGCAGCUUUUGUCCUCUCACCAACAUGAACCAACACAAACAGUGAGUAACAGAACUCAUUCCAUCAUGUUUAUAAACCGGUCUUUCAAGAGUGUGGAAAAAGCUAGUUUCUGGAUAUCUUGAUCAGUGGCAGAGAGUUAUGCUACUCUUUUGCCACCAGUCAUAUUGAGAUGAUGGAGAAAUUGACAGUGAUGGAUAGCUGCGCAUAUUUAGUUCAGGAGGCAAACUCAUCUUAAACUUCAGCAUUACAACUGAUUUUUGGGGACAAAAACAUGGUGGCUGUUUAUGUUCAAGGGGUACAUGUAGGUCAACUUUACUGUGGAAAUGAUACAAUUAUUCCAGUGCUGGUAAAUGCUUGUUUGUCAGAUUUUGUAUAAAUUGCCACAGAACUCCAUUAUAGUUAUGUUUGCUGGAUAACCAUGAACAAAUGUUGUGCUCUAGUGAGAUUAAAUCCAAUAAUAGAGGUAGAAAAUAUGGCUUAAAAACAAAGAAACAAUAAAACAUGUAUUGUCACUUAGAAUAACACUUUUUUUUAUUUUGGGUGGUCUAUAAGAACAACUGUUAACUGUUAACUUUGGUAAACUUUUAUAUUGUGUAACUAUCAUUUUGCGACUUUACCUUUUACAGUAAAACGACAUUCAUUGAACAGUUUUGAUUCCUAACUAAAGGACGGGUUUUGCAAUUUGAAGCAAAAUUAAAUGGCAUGUCUUUCCUUUUUAUAUUGCGUAGAAUUAAGCAUGCAGAUCUCUUUUUAACUUGUUUACUGAGAGAAUAUCUAUGACCAGGGUAUACACAGGAUUCAUGAAGUUUGAGACCCUUUUAUUCAUUUUAAGACCUCAUUGCCACUUGGACUCCUAACCGGUUACAUCAGGGACAUACUUUACCUUACUAUACUAUACAUUGAUUGUAAGAUAGCACAACUAUACAGUCAGUAAUACACUCACAAUCUUGUUCUUCAUAAUACAAACAUACAUACUUGGACUCUUUGUUAUUUGGCUGUUAUUUAUCAUUUCUUUAUGUUAAUGUAUUGUUUAUGUAUGUUAUGGUGCAAUUAAAGGAAUUGAAGGACAACAAUUUCACUUCAUGUUCUUGUACAACCACUGUUUGACCAAUAAGCUUUGAACUUUGGUAAAUGGUAAUAUAUGAAACGUUGAUGAGCUUCAUGGGGUAAUGUCAUGUCAAGAGCUCCCUUUUAACAAAUACUCAUCAUGGCAUGUGCACAUAAAUCUGCAGUAGAGACCAGCGAACAGAUGUUUAACAAUGUCCACACAAAAACCGUAAACACAAUUUCCACACAGACAUAACUGGAUUUAAAAAAGGUAGAAUAUUUGCACCCAUGCAUAUUAAAGCCCAGAUGUACACAUGGUUUUAGAUGAAUUAGCUGCAUGAUAAUGAUAAGGUAAUGCAACAUUAAAGCGAGAAAUACAACCUCGUUGUACAACCUUGUUUAUUUAAGUUGUUUGCCAAUUUCUGCAGUCUACAA